AUGAAUAUCAAGAUUAAACCUACCAAUAAGUUUUCAGAUUCUAUAAUCUCAGAUUCACUUUAGGUUCCAUCAAAUAACAAAUUAUCUACAAAGGAAUUGACAAAGGAAUACUCAACAAGGAAUAGUUUAGCGAAUAACAAAUUUGAAGAUACUUCAGAUGCUGGAUAUUUGAUGAAAAAUAAUAGUUACUAAAAAAGCUCAAGAAAAAUUGAAAUGAAUAAGUAAUCAACUAUGGCAGUCUAAGAUGACUAUAUUGAGAGCUAAGAUAGUAAUACAGUUAAUGAGUCUUUUGCAAAGAAUAACUAUAAAAUUGAUGACAUAUUAGAGGAUUUGAGCUUUGAACUUGCAUAUGAGAAUGAUGUACCUUCAUUAAGGGGAAGAUUAUUCAAAUAAUCAACUAAGCAAUUAUCGUAAUUUGCUUAAUUAGCUCAAACAAAUUUGAAUAUUCCAAAAUCAACUUAGCAUGAUUAAGAUUAUACUUAAAAGAAGAGUGCAGCUGAUUAAAUUCAAGAUGUAGUGUCUCCUAAUAGGAGAGGAAUAAAAGAAGCUUUAGGAAAUGUAUUUCUCAAAAGAAUUAUCAAUAUCAGUGAAUAUAUAGUUGCAUUCAAUGUCUGGAACUUUACUAGACUAUUCUUUUAUCAUUUGAUUUUCUUCUAUAUUGGUCAAGGAGUUAUCCCUCUAAUAAUGAUGUUUGAUAAAAUUCAACUGGCAAACAAUCUGAGUUUUUGGAAAUAUAAUGCUCAUUAAUCAAGGUUCUUUUUCAUUUAGAAUGGGUAAUGGAUAGCUCAUUUGACGAUGAGCACUUUAAUGUUUGUAAAAUAUUAUCAUCCAUUUGAUUAUCACAUUGACUUGAAGAAUAUUUUCUUGGAAUAGUACCUUUUCUUGAAUCUUCAGAUUCUUAUUAGAAGCUUUAUCAUUGCAGUAAGGUAUGGUUACAGCUCUAAUUUGAGGUUUGCAUUGCUUAAGACUUAAACUUAAGGAGGUGAGUUUAUUGCUAAAGAUUUGCUAGUAGUAAGUUGGAUCCAUACUCAUCCAGCUGGGUUAGAUUUAGAGAUUGAAGCAGUGCUUUGGAGAAAUUAAAUUGAGGAGGAAUACUUUAAGCUCUAAUUUUUUGAAGAAUUAUUGCCAGUUACUUAUGACAAAUUCACUGAUUCAAAUUUCUAUGAGAAGGAAGGAAAUGAAUUUAAAAUGGAAGCUCUGAAAAAGGAAUCGAUUCUAUAUGAGAAAAAAUUAAAGUUAAAACAGGAAAAACUCAUCAAAACAAGCAGCUCUGCAGUGGAAGAUUGA